AUGAAAGCAUUUGUAUUAGCCAACUUUCUUGGCAUGACAUAUGCUUUUUCAGAAAACAUUGAGUCUAUUUAUAAAGAGUUUUUAAAUCUAUUACAAAAUCCACCACAAAAUCUAUUACAAAAUCCAUCGCAAAAUCCAUUAUCGUAUAUAACUAAAGAAAAUAUUUUUGCUUUAAUUCUAAAAGAUACAACGAAUAAUCAAUGUCAAAUAAAACUAAAAAAAUACUGUAAAGAUUUAGAAGAAAAGGCUCAAAUGUUAGAAAGCUCCUUCAAUGUAUUAAAAGAACUAUGCCAAGAAACGGAACUAAAUAAAAAGUGUAAUGAUUUAGAAGAAAAUAUUAUGGAAAGAUGUACUGCACUUGAACGAAGUUUGAAAGAUAUUCUGACUAAGCCGUCUAAAACUGUUUUAUAUUGUCUAUAUCAAAAUGAAUGUAUGUUUGUGCAAGAAGCAUGUUCAAUGGAAGUUAAAGAAAAAUGCAAUUAUUUAAGGAUAUUUUGUAGAGGAGAAAGACGAGAUGAUCUGAAAACAAAAUUUCUUUUAAGGGCCUUAUCUGGCAAUUUAAAAACUAAAGAAGAUUGUGAGAAAAUAAUUGACAAAAAAUGUCUUGCGUUCAUGGAAGAAAGCGAUGAAUUGAUGAACUUUUGUUUAAUUCCCUUUAAUAAAUGUGAUGAACUCAUAAAAUUAAUGAAGAGAGAAUGCAGUAGUUUGCAAUUUAGUCUAAAAAAAUUACUUGGGAAUACUAAAAUAUCAAAAGAAGAAUGUAAUUUGUUGCUUGAAGAAUGUUACUUUCAUAACUCAAAUUGUAAUAACACUCUUAAUGAUGAAUGUAGAGAAAUAGAAAAAAAAUGUGAAAAUGAAGUAAAAUACAAACAUUUUCCUUUACCAUUUAACCCAAUAGGAAAAGAAAUUGUAUUAAUAGAAAAAAUAGGGAAGGAAAAAUUAUUCAAAGACGAAAUUGGAAAACCAGGGAUAAAAGAUACAAUUGAUCUUUUAAUAUUAUUAUCAAAUGGUUAUUUAAGUGUUUGCGAAACUUAUAUUGAAGAGUGUCGUAAACUUUGCAGUCUUUUACCUCAAUUAGAGGAUUUAUAUAACAAUACUAAAAGAAAAAUGAAUAAAAGCAAAGAAAUAUGUACUACCUUAGAAAAAAAAUUGAAACCUAAAUGCAAGUUUUUUAAAUCAAAAUUAUAUGAUUUAUCGCUAUCAGAUACUAACGAAGACAAUAAAGAUGCUAAGCUUAUAGGAUGGACCAAGCAAUCUAUUAACUUUAAUGAAAAACUUUGUAUAGAUUUAGAAUCAAAAUGUUUUUAUUUAAGGAAAUCUUGUAAUAAUGUGGGUAUUAAAAUGUUUAAUGCAUGCAUCAAUGUAAAAUCAACAUGUUUAAAAACACGACUUUUCAGAAGAGAAUAUCAACUAUUUCAGAGCACAUUAAAAGGAAAACUGCAUAAUUUAACAAAUAAUUCGCUUAAAACGUGCAUAGAUGAACUAUGGACUCUAUGUAAAAAAAUAAUUAGCAAUGAUAAUCCUAUAUUAAUGGAUCUUUGUCUACACCCAUGGAAUACUUGUAAGGAACUUGCAAAUGAUAUCGAAAGGCAGAGUAGAUGGCUUAGAAGCGAUCUGGAUUGGAAAAGGGAUUUUCCAGAUGAAGAGGACUGUAAAAAACUAAAAGAGAAAUGUGAAGUGUUAGGACAUGAUUCAAAAAUGAACGACUUACCCUGUUUUACACUGAAAGGGCGAUGUGAUCACUUAAAGAAUGCAAAAGAGUUGGAAGAUAUUUUAUUAGAGGAAAAAGCAGAAAAUUUAGGCAAUUUAGAUAUAUGUAUAGAAAGAGUUUCAGAAAAAUGUAAUAAAUGGUCUAAAAGAAAGAAAACAAGAUUUAUUUUUUCGUGUAUACAAUUGGUUACUACUUGCCAGAUAAUUACUAGAGACAUUAAAUCUAAAUGUUCUGUAUUAGAAAAAAACAUAGAUAUUGAAGACGUUCUAAAUCAAGUGAAGAGUGAUAAUGCAAACAUAAAGGGCCCUACAUGUGAUCUAUGGGAACCCUAUUGUGAUAAGUUUAUGUUGAGCUGCGAAAUACUUGUACAAAAUAAUGGAAAGAAUGGAAAAUGCAAAGAACUAAAAGAGAGCUGUAAAUCGUAUCGUGAAAUACAAGAACAAGAAGUGAGACUUAUGUAUGAAUUAAGAGGAAGUCUUAAUGACAAAAAUAAAUGUGAAUCAACUCUCAAUAAACAUUGUUUGCAUUGGGAUAAAACGAAAAAUAAUACAUUCAAGAAUUUCUGUAAUAAUAAUACUGGUACUAAAAAUAAUACAACUAAAAGUGAACUGUGCAAGAAAUUACUAAAACAUGUAAAGGAAAGAUGUACAAAAUUGUUGACAAAAUUAAAUGACAUGGCAACAGAAAUAGAAAAAAGCAUAAAAAUUGUUGAAGAAUUGAACGAAGCUGCGAAAAAAGCACUAAAGAAUACAAAUCUUAUUUUAACUUCAAGCAAACAAAAAACAGAUCCUAACAUAAAUAACGCAACAUUAAUUCUAGCUUAUAAUGCAAAUGCUGACAGAAAUGUAAAUUUAAAAACAGAUGUAACUCUGAAAAAUCAAUCAAGGUAUUUGGAACAAAAGGAGACAAAAGUGAAUAUUACAGAAAAAGAAGUUGAAGCGUUUGAUGCAGCAGCAGAAGCAUUAAAGGUUUAUACAGAAGUCAAAGCAGAGUGCAAAGGUCUGCAAUUAGAAUGUGAAUUUAAGGAAGAUUGUUCUGAAUACAAAGAUGUAUGCAAGAAAAUUGAAGAUGCAUGCAAUAAAUUAAAGUCACUGGAAAUCAAGUCUUCAGAAACAAAAACAAUUAAUCAAACUAUAAAGACCAUCAUUACAAAAACCGAGACAAAUACAACACAAAAAACACUGACGACAGGAGAACAAUGUAUGUCGAUUUCUACAACAGACAAAUGGAUUACGCGUACAUCAACACACACACACACAUCUACACAAACAUCCGUACUAACAUUAACUGUAACAUUAACAUCAACGAAGGAAUGUAAACCAAUGAAGUGCACUACCGGGAGUGAAGAGGAAGCAGGAGAUGUAAAAUCAAGUAAAGGGUUAAGGAUGAAUGGAUGGGGUUUGAUAAAAGGAGUAAUAUUAACAAUGAUUAUUUCAACUAUGAUUUAAAAUAAAUAAAUUGGAAUGAUUUAAAAAAGCAUAUGCAUUUGGGAUGAGUAUGGUUUAAGACAAGACAUUUAUAUUUAAAAGAUGAAGAAACAUAAUAGAAUAAAAAGUAAAGAAUAGCCUGAAUGAUUUUUUUAGCAUCCAUUUGAACGGCAUAUUAG